GGCUCGGGCUGCGUGCGGCCGGGUCCGUGCCCGCCAUGGCGCUGCUGCUGCUGCAGCUCCUGCGGCGGCUGCUGCGCUGCCUCGGCUGGCCGCGCCACCAGGCCGUGUUUUUUGAAACUCAGGUUUUUGGCGGCAGUAUCAGUCGUACCCUCGGAACAUGCCUUCCUUCAGCAGUCUCAUCAGGAAGGCAUUUCCAGCAGUUAUAUGCUGUCAUAAGGAAGUAUCAGGCCAAGGUCACAUCUGUUUGCCAAAAAAAGAAAUAUGGAUCUACUCGAAGUGUUGUCCGUAGACUUGGGACAAUUCUUUCCUUGGAGCCGUACCCCAGACCUUAUUUUCAAUUUGUUCAAGACCUAAGCCCAUUGGGUUAUGGUGAACAAAGUGCAGCUCCAGCUCCAGUGGCCCCAUCACUUGCUGAUGUCCUGUGGGUGGCAAAUGAAGAAGGACAAGCAUGUACUAGACUUAGGACUGAAUUGAGGAGAAAAGAGAGGGGUACAGCUCCUCUUGACCUGUAUCCAUGUGUGGAUUCAAUACAGAGUAUUCCAAAAAACAGUGCACAAAAUGGUGGUGUUGAUCAAGCAGCCCUCCAGAAAAUUUCUGCACUUGAGAAUGAGCUGACCUUUCUUCGUGCUCAGAUUGCUGCAAUUGUUUCAGCGCAGACCUUGGGAAGCAUUCCCUCACAACCCUUUAAAGCACUCAGCACUCCAGAUGGAUUUUACCCACUGCCAGCCAUGACUUCUACACCACUGUCCGUCUCUCACCAUCACUUUGCAAUUCCCUCGCCUCCUCCGCUUCCUUCUGGUGCACCAUCUGGUGUUGAUGCUAGCAAUUCUGCACUGGAACUUAUCAAACAACGCAGAGCUGCAAGAAACAGUGUUUCAACUGCAGCUGACAGUACUGAUCACCAGAGGACAAAGAACAUUCCCAGUAUGAUGGAUGUUUUGAAAGACCUCAACAAAGUUCAGUUGCGAGCUGUUGAGAGGUCUCCUGGAGGUACUCCUCUUUCUAGACCCAAAAAGAUGCGAAGUCCAGAUUGGGAUCCAGUUGCUGUACUAACUCACGCUCUAAAGCAGAAAUUUGCACAUAAAAAUGAUGAGGAUGAUUCCCUGGACAAAGAAAAUAAUUCUUUUGAUAGCUCUCCAUUUUCUAGUCCUGAGAUGCCACUGGUUGGACGCUGCAGUCUGAAGCCAAAUGUAAAACCCAGCCUUACAAGAACUGAUGGAGUUAAGCAGGUACCAGCAUGGAAAGCAAGAGCUCAUAUUUAGUGGAGACUUCCAAGGAAAGUUCAGCA